UUUUAACAUUUAUCUGUGACGUCCUCACGCGGAGUUAUUUAUCUACCGGAGAUAAUUUAUUUUAUUAAAUUGAUUUUUCAUUGUUUGAUUCAUAGCGUUUUAAUUACUUUAAAACUUAUCAAAAGAAAGCAUUAAUACAAACAGUAUAUUCACGUGAAACAAAAAUGUUUAAUGUUAGUUCUAUUACAAUUAAAUGGCCGUAUGAAACAAGUGUCAAAAACAAGUGUUUUACCGUGCGGGGACUAUAGGCUGCAAUGUUUCUUUUCAAGAAUGUCGCUAUGAACACUUUCUACAGGAGAAGAUAUUUCCAAUUGUCUUUCCUUAUUGUUAGUUUUUAUUUACCUUUAGCAAACGGAUUGAAAUGUUACUGUAACAGUGACAGUCCCAGCUGCCCAAACUCCACCUGUGAGACAGAUGGCUUCUGUAUGGCAUCUACCAGCAUUGAGAAUGGUGAACAUAAGCGCACCUACCAAGUGGUGGCCUUAAGCUGUUUGCAAAGCAAUGCAUUCCCACCAGAGAAUCCAAUCAAAUGCAAAAACCCGAGAACGUUUUGCUGUAAAAAUGAUUUCUGCAACUCUGAUGAGGUUUACCAAGAGAGAUUAACAAAAGUGCUCAAUGCCUCAAGCUCAGCCUCUGAGGCGAGUUCUAUGACGACGGCAUGGCAAGUGGUGUUGUGGAUCAUGGUGCUGGUGGUGCUGGGAGUGUGUGGCGCUAUCAGUCUAUGGUGGGCGAAGCGCGCUCCUAAAACCAUCAAGAGAGAAAACCGCUCACUCUUCGCGCCUGACGACUCUUUUUGCGACACACGCCAUCCGAUGAUGACUGCCACCAUUAGGGACAUGAUAGAACUUACCACUUCUGGUUCCGGUUCAGGGUUACCGCUGCUCGUUCAACGGUCCAUAGCUCGUCAGAUCCAACUAGUUGACAUAAUUGGUAAGGGUCGUUUUGGGGAAGUGUGGCGGGGUAGAUGGAGAGGGGAGAACGUCGCCGUGAAGAUAUUCUCAUCCCGUGAAGAGUGUUCCUGGUUCAGGGAGGCGGAAAUCUAUCAGACCGUGAUGCUUCGACACGAGAAUAUUCUAGGCUUCAUCGCAGCUGACAAUAAGGACAACGGCACCUGGACUCAACUAUGGCUGAUAACAGAUUAUCAUGAGAACGGGUCCUUGUUUGACUUCCUAAGUGUUCGAACUAUCGAUGCAGCCACGCUUGUUAAAAUGGCUCUAUCCAUCGCUACCGGACUGGCCCAUCUCCACAUGGACAUUGUUGGAACUAAGGGCAAGCCAGCUAUAGCCCACCGUGAUCUGAAGUCCAAGAAUAUUCUGGUGAAGGCUAACUUGAGCUGCGUCAUCGGAGACCUGGGGCUAGCUGUUAGGCACAACGUCGCUGGUGAUUCUGUGGAUGUCCCAUCAACCAACCGAGUGGGAACAAAGAGAUAUAUGGCGCCAGAGGUGUUGGAUGAGAGUAUGGACGGCCGUCAGUUCGAUCCGUACAAGCGUUCUGACGUGUACUCCCUGGGCUUGGUGUUGUGGGAGAUGGCGCGGCGUUGUGGUGCGCUACCAGACGAGUACCAACCUCCAUACUACGACCUGGUGCCACCGGAUCCAGCCCUCGAAGAUAUGAGGAGGGUCGUGUGCAUAGAGAAGAGACGACCGGUGCUACCUAACAGGUGGCAUUCUGAUCCAGUUUUGUCUGCGAUAUCGAAGGUGAUGAAGGAAUGCUGGUACCAGAACCCCGCGGCCAGACUAACUGCUCUUCGUAUCAAGAAGACCCUCGCAAACAUCGCCACUACUGACCACAUGAAACUAUAACCACCACAGAUACCACCGUGCAGUCACAUGACGAUCAUUGAUUUUGGUUCUUGUUAAAAUGCUACAUUUCCUCGUUAUUUUUAUUCUAUAGAACGAUUCCAGGUCGAUUUUUACAUGUUGUAAAUUUGUUGUUAUUCCUACCUGAUAGGUAUUUGAUGCUGGUAUACGGUGAGACACCGCUUCACACGGCCAUACUCUGUUGCUGUCGGACAUGUUUGUCACAGGGUUUUAUUAGUCAGGUAACAUAGGUUUUAAGUACCUACACGAUACCAACGAAAUUGUACAGUUUUAUUUAAAUAAUGAUAUAUUAAAAUACCCGACUAUAAUAAAAUUAAUUUCUAUAUAACAAAAUCGGUAUAUAGUAAAUUAAUUAUUAGUCAUAAAAAUGCUCUAAAUUUGGGUACCUUUGUCAUUGAUGGAACUGUUCGUUUGGAAUCAAAUGAAUUUAGGGGGGAGUAUGGGCGAGUGAGGUGGGUUGAGUGUGGUGACGUACGCGAGCACGUGCACACGUUCUUGCGUGCUCGCGUGCUCGGAUACGUGUUUAGGUUUGCGUUCGUGCUCGCGUGCUUUCCUUACCGUGUAUACCGAUCCUACCUCUUAGAUAAUAUUCGAUAUCAGAAAGAGCAUUUAUUAUAACAAGUUAUUGUAAUAGAUCGUAGUGAUACAUUUUUUUUUUCGUUACCAAAUACAUUGUGUUAAAAUAUUGUUAAGUGUCAAUUCCGCUUAUUUAUAUUAUUGCUUAUUAUUUCAUAAUUUAUUUGGCUCUUUAUUCGGAUGUGGUUUCUUACAUUAUGUAUAAAUAUAUUUUAUUUGUUUUAAGUUUACUUACACGGUAGUUAAGGUUAUAAGACUCUUGUUAUUUAAAGUCAUCUGGCCCGCACUCGACCGAAGUCUUUGUAAAUACUUGUUAAUUAAUAAUAAUAAUAUCUUAAUAUUCUUUAAGGACGUUGGUUUUAAAUUGUAUAGCGCAGUCGAAGUGUCCGCUCGCCCACGGGAUACGCUUGUUAUUUCGUAAUUAAGACAAUUUAAGAGUCAAAUUAAACAUUUUGUCUACUUAAGAGUUGAUAUAUUUGAGUAAAUUCUAUGAAAAUUAUAUUAUUUAAUCGACAUUGAAAAAUUGUUACCCUAUGUCACCCGUGGAGUGCGUGACACCGUCGUUUACCUGUCGACAGUAAAGUAUAUAGAGAAAACGUUUAUCACCGAGAUGGCCAUAUUUUCUUACUUGUUUGAUAACAGUUUUUUUUUUAUGAAAUGUAAUGUAUUUUAAAUUUGUAAUUACAAAUGAUUUAGUAUAUACGAUUUAAUUAUUGAUAAGGAUUUUUUAUAAACUAUUAGUUUUGAAAAGGUUAUUCUAUAUUUUUCCUCUAGUAUAUAGGUGAGUAUUAUUUUAUUUCAUAACUCGUUAAAGGAAUAUUCAACAACGAUAUAUAGGUAUCAAAAUCUGUCCGGUUGAUUAAAAUAUCAGGACAGAGGCGUCUGAGCCGGUGUAAGAAUUAUUAUUCCAAACACAGUCCCUCAAAACACGGUCAAUAGAUUAACAUAACUAGAAAAAUAUGGUCAACGGUCAAAAAAAGGUAAUUGUAAAAAGUCGAUUUACAUGUAAAUCAGUCAAAUGGCCAGUUAUUUUGUAAAGAGACAUUUUUUUUUUUAUUUCUAUUUAUUGAGACGUUGAAAGAUAACUACUCCUCUAAGAGCCACUUAGGGUGCGCUUACGCUUGCUUUGCUAUGCUCGACACUCGAGAAGAGCUUCGGAUGCCAUACAAAAAAAUAUGAAAAGUGUAUACCGGGGCUCUUUCUUAUCGGCUUGCGAACUGCACUCGGUUGGCAUUUGAAACACUGCACCAUAGGUAAGGACGCCUCUGUAUCAGGACACAACCCGUUAUCCUACAUCGAGCAGUGAACGUUACACGAUAGACUGAUUUUAGUAGAAUGAAUAGUAGCAGCAAUAUAGAUUAUUUAGUUUCUCCACUUACCUGCUGAAUCACGAGUUGCGUAUAUUUUAGUUGUAUAUACGUACUGAAUAUUUAGUUCUAUAUACGUACUGACACUUGUACAUUUUUAUUCCGAUCACGCAAUGUAUUUAGCUAAUGCGUUAUUAAUUUCCUUAUGAACAUUUUAUGUAAGCUGUACACCUAGUACGAUGAUUUGGCGUCGACCUUAAAACAUACGUUUCAAAGUUAUCCGUUAGUGAAUGUUCGAUGAUAAAGCAAUAGAACUAAAGGUCUACAUUGUCGUUACAAACUCGUACUAGGCUCACAGAUCCUGAGUGUUUUCACUCAAUAUAAAUGUAGUUAAAGUGUUAUGUUGUCGACAAUCCCGCUUUUAAAUUCGGUCUACACAAAUAACCUAUUUUUACUAAAUUUCAAAAUUCUAUUUUAAUAAUACUUACAAACUUUUUGAUAUUUGAAUAUGAUGUCAUAAGUACUGAGGCAGAACUUUAAACUAGUUUUUGGGAAAAUAUUUAAUAUAUAAAUUAUUAAUAGAUCGCAAUAGUACAGUGAGUCAUACUUGUCUUCCAAUAACGACGUUAUUUACGAUAUUCGGGAAUCGAUUCUACAAUAGAUUCACCUCCAGGUAGCUAUUAUUGAGAGUAGUGUAGGAUUUUGUGUCUUAUAGAGUUUAAACAGCAAAACAUAAGAUAUGAAUAUUAUUAUAUUAUAUACAUAUAUAUGACAUGAAAUACCUGAAAUGAACAAUUAAGCAAUAUGAAUUCUAGCUAUAGUGAUUAUCUAGUAAAUUGUUUGUUGAGUGCCUGCUAGUGUGCGUUCUGAUGUCACACGCACCAUCAUGAUUUGAGAUGUGCUGUAGAUAUUUUGCGUAUACCUAUAUAUGUAUAUGUAUAUGUAUGUUAUUGUAUUAUUAUGAUUAAUUAGUUUAAGUUUAGUUAUAUGUUUCAUUGUCGCUUCGCGCCUCUACAUUUAAGUAUAUUAAUUCGAUUUUACGAAUUUGUAGCCGAACAUUGACACAACAGACUGUUACAUUGAAACAUACACGUAGCUGCAUCUGAGAAUGGUUUGUGUUCAUUCUAUUAUAAACAACAUAUACACUAGUCUUAUAAUGAAAUACAGAAUGUUAUUAGAUAGACAUUGUUACGAUAUUAUAAAUAUUUGAAGAUGUUUAAAUAACCAUUAAUACGUAUGAAUUUGACCAAGUUUCAAAAGUGUUUGAUGAAUACAUAAACAUAAUAUAUUUUUGUUCCAUUUUUAAAUUAUAUUCCGAUUUGAUUAUUAUUAUUAUUUGAUCUGAAAACCUUUUUAAAGAUAUUAAAAAAAAAGAAAUCUCAUUAAUAUUUUGACGUUACUAAUAUAUUCAGUGGUUUUGUUUUUAAUAAAUAUAUUGGGAACUUGGUCAAAUUCCUGUAGGUACAUAAAAAAAUGUGUACGAUCUCGUUGAUGACUAUUGGUUUAAUCUAUGAAUAAAUAUAUCGCGCUAACAACAAGAGCUUGAGCCAGCACCUAGUAAUUUUCUCGAGACACUUAGAGCCCGUUAUACUUUUUGGUUUAUAGUAAAUGCUUAUAACAUUUUUUGCACUUAGCUUUAUAGAAUAGUUCAAUUCAUAUAAUAAAAUAAAAUGCCACCACAUUUUUUAUAAUAUAAAAAUAUUUUACUGAGUGAUAAUUAUUCUAAUUAGUAAAGUAGAAAUUCGCUAAGCUUAUUAAUUUAUAUAUAAUAUGUAGAAGUAUUAGUGCGGUUGGGAAGUCUUAUGGGAUUAUCCCGUGAUGUAAAUCUAAAUUAGAAUUUAUAGUUAUAUUUUCGUUUUAACAAGCUGAAUAUUAGCUUAAUUAUAGUUAUUUCAUUGCUUUGAGGCAAAAGAUAAAGAGAGUCAAAAAAAAAAUUGACCCUUAAGCAAUACCUGAGUACAAUUGCAAAUAGCAAUAAAUAAAAAAAGAAUGAAACAGCGUCAUAUCACAGACUGAUUGGGAUUAUGCUAAUGGGAAGUAAUUUUUAUGUACCUACCUACCAUUAUUGAACUAUUGCAUUGCAUAAGAUUUAUAAAUUGUUUAUGGAGUGGUCUAAUUAAUGAAUAAAAAGUGUUUUUUAAAAUGUA